CACAAGUUUUAAUAAAGUGGUUGAAAAGGUAAAAGUUGUGAUUGAGAUUUGAAUAUAAUAAAGUGAAAUAUAUGGACUACAUCUGUCUUUGCAAAAAGGGAAACAAGACCCUAAGACAUCAUUUUUUGGGAAGGGGAUAGUAUAAAAUUAUAAGUUACACACUAAUAAUCAGGAACUGUGUCUCUGUGUUGUGCCUCGAUCCUAGAAAAUCUCCAGAUUUGAAUUAGCAAGUCUCCUCUUGUUCCAGCUUGCCUUUCCUCCAACUUUCUGUUCAGUCGUAAUUCCGGCUUGCUUUCCAGCCCUUUUUAGAGUAAAAUAGUUGAAACCUCUUCAACUGUACGUAUAUGUAUUCUUGCACAGCGUGACAGCUUCAAUUUCUGGCAUUAAUCUUCGGCUGUUUACAUAGAAUGCCUGAGAAGCAGUACUUAUAUGAGCUUCUGGGAAAAGACCAAGAGCCGUUUCAGCUAAACGGUUAUAUUGCCGAGCGGGAGGGUCAUUUCAGUGUGACGGCAGCCACCCGUUCACCGCCGCCCAAAACCAACUCUAAUCGUCUCAAGAAAAAACUCAUCCCCAUCGUUGAAUCCUCUGCCACCAAACUCUGUUCCCAUUCCUGUUUCUCCUCCAUCCAUGGGUCAUCGCCGGAGGUCCGAAUGUCUCAUCUCAGCUUCCCUUCUCCUAUAUCGUCCAAAAGAGCGGCCGGCGGAGUUCUUCUUCACGUUCCGCCGCAAACGGCGGCUCUGCUUUUGGAGGCUGCCACGAGAGUCCUGAAGCAACAGUCUGCUAGGAAGCCCAAAAUCCAGAGCCAGAACGUCGGGUUUGGACUGUUCGGGUCAAUUCUGAAGCGGUUGAGGAACAAGAAACGGGAGAUUACUAAUAGCGUAGUUGAUAAAGAACAAGAACAUAAAUUUUCUUUAGUUAUGAAGGGGAAGGAGACUGAGGAGAGGAAUGGUAAUGAAAGGAUUGGAUUUUCUUGCUCGGUGAAUCAUAGUAGGCGAAGCAGUGUGGGAUGGUCGGAGAGCAACGAGGAGAAAUCUCUGGAUUUGGAGACUUCAAGCAGUUGGAGGUCUGAAGACGACGACUUUGAAGAAGUCCCUUGUCGCCGGCGACCAUGCUCGUCUUCUCCGGCGGAAUCUCCGACUCAUUGCAGAAGAGAGGAGAAAGAAAAGUAUGAAUACGAAGACUUGGGAAGAGAUGAAGAAGAUGAAGAGAAUGAGGAGAAAGAACAAUGCAGUCCAGUCUCAGUAUUGGAUCCUCCAUUUGAAGACGAUAAUUAUGGGCUAAAGGAGGAAGACGAAGAGAAGGAAGACGAUCUUGAACUUGAAUGUGCCUACGCCAUAGUACAAAGAGCGCAGCAACAGCUACUGGCCAAGCUUAGUAGAUUUGAGAAACUAGUGGAGUUGGAUCCGUUUGAGCUCGAGAAAAUACUGCAAGAAGAGGAAGAGGACAAUGAGGAUGUGAGAAGUGAUGAGGUCAUCCCGCUCGAGACGAAGAAGUGUGUCACGGACCUGAUCUCAUGGAAUGGGUUGAAAUGGGAUAGCAUAGACAAGAUGAUAGAGUUGGACAUCCGUGCAGGGCCGUGUGAAUGGAUGCCAUUGGCAAACCAAGUGCAGGAAGAAACCGUCACAGAUAUCGAGGUCGCAAUCUUUGGAGUUCUGGUGGAUGAAGUCUCAGGUGAACUCAGUGGGAGAAUGAGUGAAGUUUUGACAUAAAUAACUGAUGGUUGGGCUAAUGGACAGCAUUCUAAUUAAUUAACAUGCACCAAGGAGGAAGGGAUAUGCUAAUUUAUAAGCUAAUGUGUCUAUAUAAACGGGGUUUAUUCUGUUUAUUCUGCUCAUGCCUAUAGAAUUAAGUUAUGGUGUUACCAUGUAUGAAAACUUCUCAGGUUAAAUCUGUCUUUAGAACAAUAAUACUAUCAUAGACUAAUAUUACCUGCGGGAGCAAGGUUGUUAAGUUUUUGAAUCAUUUAUCCUUUUAUGAAUCUUGUUUAUUUAC